UUAUUAAAAUGGCGCGCAAAGUAUCAUUUUUCAGUGAUGAACAUAUUUGCCGUGUUAUCAUUUAUCAGUGAUUGAACGACGCCGUGAAAAUGCGGGCUCUGUUGUCAACAAACUGUUAGCAACCGUACCGUGUGAGUUUGGCCGUUACUAAGUUAAUGUUUGGUUGAUAAUUUUACAAUCUAUUCGUAUAUUUAAAAAUAAUGUGUUAUGAAAGUGAAGAACAUCUCUAAAAUAUGGCUAAAAAGGGUGGUGUUCAACAAUUGCAAACGGACAUUUCUAAUGACGAGGAUUUUGAAAAGUUUUUAGAAAAACCAGGGCUUUUGGUUCUGGAUGUAUGCUCGGAAUGGUGUGGCCCCUGUGUGGGUAUGGUGGGAAGUUUGAAAAAGGUUAAAUUGGAAGUUGGUGGUGAUAAUCUACAACUAGGCAUUUGCAAAUCGGACCAUAUCACGGCCUUGGCAAGAUUUCGUAGAAAAAGUGAGCCCACGUGGUUAUUUGUAACGGGUGGCAAAGCAGUCAAUCUGAUGUUCGGAACAAAUGUUCCCAAAUUAAUGGCAUUGAUUGUCAAUGAACUCAAUCUGGUGGGCAAUAAAAAUCGUAAAUUCUACGAAAUAACCGAAUUGCAACCUGAAGAAAUCGCCCGCCGACAAGUUGUGGAACAAGCCGAAGAGGCAGCACGCAAAGUUGAAGCGGCCGUUGCCGAGAAAAAACGUUUGGAUUAUUUGCAAUUUGUCACGGAUACCAUUAGGGAAAAUCUCAAUGACAUGGGUGUAACAUUGUUCGGUCCCCAAGUAAAUCGUGAUAUGUUUAAGAAAAUUAUGGAACCGGCAGAUCUAUUGAAAAUCCAAUGUAAAGAUCGUAAGGUGACCCAGAUCAAUGGAGAAGAUUUUAAAAUUAUCCAUCAUAAUAGCACCAAUCCCAUUGACGAGGAUGUUCUCAAGCAGCUGGAGGGUAAAGAAUUGUUGUUGUGCUUUUGGAAAGUGCCAGGAGAGGGUGAUGAUGUGCCGGCCAUUUUAAUGGAAUAUGCCAGGGAGUUGACAAAAACAGAGACGCUGCCACCAGAUGAAUUCAAUGAAGAGGAACAGAUUAAGCCACCGAUUGUGCCAUCAGUCGAGGUAACGGUGGAAUAUGAAGUUACGGAUGACGAGGCUGAUGAUGAGGAUCCAGAAAAUCCAACUAUGGAAAUCACUCCUGACGCUCCAGAGCCAGCCGACCUUUCCCCAAAUAACGGGGGAGAAGAAAAAGAAAAUGGAACACCAGAAAACGCUGAAGAAAAUGAAAAUACUCAAGAGGAAGAAACUUUCGAAAACCUUGGCGAAGAGGAACUGAAUUUAGCGGCAGUCGAUGAGCCAGGAUUAGAAAUGGCUAGCGAAGACUUAAAUUUGAAUUUGGAAGAUCUGGAAAGAGAAAUCGAACCGGAAGAACCACAAAAGCCUUCCGAUGAAGCAAAAGAAUCUCGAAAAACUAAAAAACGUAUCUGCAGCAAGACAGUGCAAUUGCCAGCUAUUUGGGUACCCCAAGAUCAACGUACCCAUGCUGCAUUGAUUUAUGUUUAUUUUCGCAAUCAAACUGCUAACUUUUUACCCCCGGAUCCCGAACCAGAACCACCAUACAUUAUAAUGUCAUUUGAUACAUACAAAAAGAGAGAUUUGAUACCAUUGGCUGACGGUCGUAAGGAGUUUAUACCAAUGUACGGCUUCUUUUCUAGUGAUGAUCCCGAUACAGCGGAAUAUAUAACCAAUUCAGUGCACAAAUAUAAGGUCCAAACGAGUAACGACAAAUUAGUCAUGAAAGUGAACAAAAGUUCGGAAGACACCGUAUUGGCCUUGGUGGCCUAUUGCCCCAGCUAUGUCAGUCCCAACAGUGUUGUGGGCCUGGAGGAAGCCAAUAAAUUCUUCCCCGCCACCUACAAGACUCUGGAACAAGAAGAAGCCGAGGCAGCAGCCAUAGCCGCGGAGUUGGCCAAAAAGAUACGCAAGAAAAAGGAACGCCGCAAGAAGGAAGCCCAAGAGGUACCGGCUGAAAAAGAAACUGAAGUCGAUGGUACACAUGCCUCAAGUGGCGAGGAAGAAAGUGCCGAGAGUACGUCGGCCGAGGGAGAAGGUGAGGCCGAAGCUGCUAAUCAGGAAGGUGAAGGGGAAUAAGAUGAAUGUUUUUGACAAAUAGAAAUUUAAAUUAUAAUGCACAUUAUAGAAACAUUUGAAUCACGUUUAAACAUGUAGAAAAGCGAAAUGAAAAGUUAAUUAAACAAGGUAAUGCCAUGUUUACGUUAGAACUUUUUGUAGGGUUAACCUACUUUGAGAGGAUUUAUUUGAAGUAAAAGUAAUGGAAAUGACAAUUUAAAUCCAAAUCCAGUGGGUUAACCCUGAUAUAUAUAAACGUA